UGCUGAAAUAAUACAAGUAACACAUCGUAACCAGCGCGUCGUCGGCAACAUCAACAGAAAACUGUGUUUGCUUGUUUGUUUAUUCUUAGGGAAAUAAAACGCACCAUGUCGUGGUACUACACGCCGCACCCCACCGUUUUGCCGGCAGAGGACUUCGAUGCAUCGGGCGAUGCAAAUGCACUCCGCAAAGCGAUGAAGGGCUUCGGUACAGAUGAGCAGGCGAUCAUCGAUAUUCUGUGUGCGCGAUCGAACGAACAACGCCAGCAUAUUGCGGAAGCGUUCAAGCGCGAGCUGGGAAGAGAUCUGAUCGAUGAUCUGAAAUCGGAACUGGGCGGCAAGUUCGAGGAUGUGAUCCUUGGUCUCAUGCUCCGACCGGAGGCAUAUCUGUGCAAGCAGCUGCACAAAGCCAUGGAUGGGAUCGGAACGAACGAGAAGGCCCUCAUUGAGAUCAUCUGUCCGCAGACGAACGAUCAAAUUAAGGCCAUUGUCGACUGCUACGAGGAAAUGUACAACCGCCCGCUGGCGGAACAUUUGUGCAGUGAAACGUCUGGCAGCUUCCGGCGGUUGCUGACGAUGAUCAUCGUUGGUGCGCGCGAUCCUCAGGGUACGGUCGAUCCGGAUCUUGCCGUCGAGCAGGCGAAGCAACUGUACGAUGCCGGCGAAGGCAAGCUGGGAACGGAUGAGGACGUGUUCUACAAGAUUCUGGCACACGCUUCGUUCGAUCAGCUCGAGAUCGUGUUCGAGGAGUACAAAAGCCUUUCGGGGCGCACGAUCGAGCAAGCUUUGAAAGCGGAAAUGAGCGGAGAACUAUACGACGCCCUUAGCGCGAUCGUCGAAUGUGUCCAAAUGGCGCCACACUUCUUCGCGAAACGCCUCCACAAGGCCAUGGAUGGAGUCGGUACGGAUGAUGCGACACUGAUCCGGAUCAUCGUCUCACGGUCGGAGAUCGAUCUGCAGAACGUGAAGGAUGAGUUCGAGCAGAUGUACAACAAAACGCUCGUGAGCGCCGUACGGAGUGAAACUUCCGGCGACUACAAACGAGCCCUUUGUGCUCUUAUCGGAGGUGCCUAAAGCAUACAAGCAACGUCAUGACGGAUUUGGAGGGCGUUUUAAUUGUACUACCACAAGUCUUUAAGCACGUCUUCUUAAACCACGGAUUUUAAAUGUGUUGUGUUUCGGUGUCAAAUUUCAAUAAAAAAAAUUAACAUUCUUGAGCU